GCGUCCCGGCCGGAUUGAGUAUUUUUGGACAGGGCAAACGGUGAUGAUUGUGUAUAUUAUAAUACAGCAGUGUUUUAAAGUGUCACGUUUGACCAUAAAACCGGACAAGUGAAGAAGAACGCGAGCCGGCAACGCGGGCAGUCAGUUGACAGUCUGUGGGGAUUGAGACUCCUGCUCUUUCUGUCAUCUCUAAUAAUGGAGGAGCCCCAUUCUCACUGCAUGUCCUGCAUAAACAGGCGAUGCAUGCUCAAACCUGAACCUGGCACUUCAUGUGACCUCAUCAGCUGCUCUUUUGUAUGCGGCGCCAUCUUUCACAGCUGCAAGGCUACUGAACACAAGCUGCUGUGCCCGCUGGAAAGGGUGCCUUGUCUUAACCAGAGCAUUGGCUGCCCUUUUACCCUUGCCCGUGGCCAGAUGGCAGAGCACCUUGAGGUGUGUCCUGCAGGUGUGGUUUGCUGCUCUAUGGAGUGGAAUAGGUGGCCAGUGAAUGACAAGGAUUAUCGUUCUUACGAGCGACUGAGUCAAGAAGCAGAUGAGGUGGAGCAGCUGGACAUGGCGCUCGCCCUUCAGGACCAGCGUACCAUGUUAGCUUCUCUCAAACUCGUCUCUCUGGCUCCCACAAGCGGCCCAGAGAAAAAGACUGGACAAACUGAAAAGCCUGGUCGGGUCUUAGCUUCGCAAUCUCCAUGUGUGCUGGCGGAAACUGUUGAGAUGGAGCACACAGCAGGCUGCUCAAAAGACAAGAUAUCCAAUGGGAUUAAUGGUCUAAAGGAAGAGCAUUAUGGAGAGCUUUACCAAACCACGGUAGAGACAACCAAAAGCCUGGCUGCAGCUCUGAACGUCCUAAUCCACCUCAAUUCAUCGGAAACGGACUGUACAGCCAAUGAUGUGUCAGCUGCACUUCCAGAGCGCAAUGGGGAACUACAUGAGAGGGUGAGGACUACAGAAGACUCUAAAAUAGCCAGUGGAGUCAAUGGUCUAAAGGAGGAGCUACAGCCUCAACAGCACCACAAACUCAUGGAGCUCGGCAGGAGCUUGGCCUCUGCCCUCGGUGCACUGGGAGAUGCUGUUAAAGGCGCUGAACCUGUUAGUGGCUCGAUAGUUAAUGAGAACGGUAAGCUUAUCCCAUCAGAAACUUUGGAGUCUGUGGAUGUUGAAAUGAAGGAGGUUGAUGGUGAGUCUGGGGCUAUUGGGGGGUUUGAUGGUGGAGAAACUACUUUGGAUGUUCUUGCUCAUGCGGCAGCAGAUGAGUGUUACCCAGACAUGUUAGUGGACAUGGAUAGGCAAGGUUUCUGUAAUGGCUCUCAUAGUAUGGUAGAUCACUUAUUGGAGUCUACCACAGAACGCCAUCAAAACCCAGAUUCCCGAGGCUCUUGGGAGAUUGUUGGUCCUUUAGUUCCCCAUAGACCUGAGAUCAGACAUGACCAACAUGCUUUCUUGAUCCAGGAGGCCUCUGGAUCACAAGCCCCAUUGCUACAGCAGCCUGUACAUGCUCAGACUCUGACAAUCCAGAGAGACGUUGAGCUGCCUUCAAUGGCAUUAGACUUUGAAGACCGGGCUUUUGAGAGGAAACUCCAAAACCUGCAGUUUCUGCGCAGUUUUAUGCCGCUUGCUCUUAAUGGACGAAAGGGCUCUUUUACAGAAUCGUUCCCCUAUAGAAGUUCACGCUGCAAAAUGGAGGACAAAGCUGUGGAUACAUCAGAUUUAGACCAGGAGCCAGUGGAUGACCCUAUGGGACUUGGAGAAAUUGAUUUCACGGCAGCCGCACUUCUAUUCUGCCUGGAGGAGUCGCCGAGAGCACGGAGGAUAUCUGACACGGUUUAUGCAUACGGGGGAACACGUGUUGACUUCGGCACCCAGACGUUUAGUUUUCCUGCUGCCAUCUUGGCAACAAGUACGAUGGUUGGAGAGGUCGCGUCUGCAUCCGCUUGCGAUCGAGCUGCACCACGCCUUUCGCAACCAAGUCCGUUUUGCACACUUCGCCUUGAUCUGACGCUGGAGCAGCUCGUGCCUCGUCCAAGCUGGGCUCCACGUGAGGGCUCAAUGUUUACCUUCGAAUGUGGACAACUCUUCCGCCGAGAAGAGUUCCUCUCGCAUUUCCAUAAUGUUCACGGAGAUAUCCACUCUGGACUCAAUGGCUGGAUGGAGCAACGCUGCCCGUUAGCGUAUUACGGCUGCACGUUCUCCCAGCGCAGAUUCUGCCCAUCCACUCAAGGGUCGAAGAUUGUUCAUGACCGCCACCUCAGGUCAUUCGGGGUGCAGCCUGUUCUGGAUCCUGUGACAGAACCCAAGUGUGAUCACGUUAGUGGAUUGCCGUUUGAAGUGCUUCAACACGUAGCCCGGUUCCUGGAUGGCUUUAGCCUGUGCCAGCUGUCGAUGGUGUCUCGAACAAUGAGGGACGUUUGUGCCAGUCUGCUGCAGAGCCGGGGCAUGGUGGUGGUGCAGUGGGAAAAGAGGCAGUGUUUGGAUGGUAGACGAACUUGGCAGAUCAAGGACAAGGUUUGGCGUUUCAGCACAGCCUUCAGCCCGGUUAACAGCUGGAAGUUUGCGGAAAUCUCUAGCAUGGCGGACCACCUGAAACGCUGCCCAUAUAAUGAAGUCCUCCGACAAGUGGAGGCCGUCCCGCUGCCCUGCAUGUGCACGACCCGAGAGCUAACACGGGAUGGCAGAUCACUGCGGUCGGUUCUCAAACCAGUGUCAUAACACAACGCAAACUGAAACUACAGUAUCUAACCUCUUCCAUCUACAAAACACUAUCACUUUGUAAAUAAAAGGAAACAAAGUAUUUUUUUUCUGUUGAUGUGAUGUUAAGAUUAUUUUUUUAUUAAUAUACCAAGGAUAAAUUUGGUCUGAUGGCGUUUGAUGCAAUAGUUCAUCUCCUAAAAUGAAAUGGUUUGGCUUCCUCUGACACACAUUUGCUUCUUAUUAGGACGAAAACUGGUGUUCUGAAUAAACAAGGUUUAAUUUAGAGCAAUGGUCUCAAACUCAAUUCCUUGAGGGCCGCAGCUCUGCAUAGUUUAGUCCCAACCACCUCCAACAAACAGCUGCUUAAUAGUCUAUAGUAGUCUUGAACGCCUUGACUAGUUGGAUCAGCUGUGUUUCAUUACAGUUGGAUCAAAACUGCAGAGCUGCAGCCCUCCAGAAUUCGAGUUUGACACCUGUGAUUUAGAGGGAUUGUGAUCUCUUUAAGGCUUGUGAAACUGUGACUAAAGUCUUUGUUUAUCUCUGCAUGGAUUUUUUUUUGCUCCGUUUUAUGCAGAUAUUAAAAACAUGUUUGUUUCUAUGAGAUCCAGGAACGGUUGUCAUGCUUCAGAAUCUAAGGGCUUGGAUUUAUAAUAAGAUUCAAGGAACGCUCCACUUUUUUCUUAAAUAGGCUCAUUUUACAGCUCAGCUAGAGUUAAACAGUUGAUUUCUGCGUCUGGCGGGAGCACUUUUAGCUUAGCUUAGCAUAAACCAUUGAAUCAGAUUAGACCAUUAGCAUCUCUCACAAAAAUGUCCAAAGGGUUUUGAUCAUUUUUCUUUUUAAAGCUUGAAUCUUCUCCAGUUACAUCAUGUACCGACGGUUGUUAUUUUAUAGGUCGAUAUGGCUUGGAACUAUGCUCUUAUUCUGGUAUAAUAAUCAAGGAAUUUUGUUGCCAAACCAUGAUUUGAGCAGGCAUAAUUAUAUUAUGAAGCACCUAAACAUGUUGCACCUUGGAGAACUUUGUGAGAUGCCAUUCAGAAUAAUUUUUAGUCGAUCUUAGUACACCAAGUCCAGAAAAGUCAAGCUUUAAAUAAGAAAUUAAUUGAAAUUCUUAGGUCAUUUUUGAGCGAGAUGCUAAUGGUCUAAUCUGAUUCCAUGAUUUAUGCUAAGGUAAGCUAAAAGUGAUUGA